AGGCGAAAUGGAGAGGGCUGUGAACCAUGGAUUUUCGCUGUAAAUAAAUUACAAUCUGAUUUUUAACGCGCUCCGUCUGCAACACCUGGAUCGUCGACAUCAUUCGCUUUCUUAACAUUUUUCGUCAAAUUUACACUUAGUCAUGUGACUUAUCUGACUAACCCUGGAUCCGCACCUGUAUAUAUUAGCAAAUGAGACAUAUUUCCUUUGUGAUUUAGGUGGUACCCAGUUAUUAACAUAAUGACCGAUUGAAUAAGCAACACACAAAGUUAAAGCACGCCAAUAAAAUUCAUGUUUCAAAAAAUGAGACAAAAAGCGUGGUCAAAUCGAUUUACGUUUUCAGAGCAACAGAUCAGAGUGACAGAAAACGUGAAAGAAUAAAACGUGUUGUUUGGAUGGAAAACGGUCGGGAAACCGAAGGAACAGUCCCCUACAUUUGGGUAAAUGAAGAGACAAAGGUAGUCCGAUAUCCUAAGGGUGUAUCAAAAUACAAAGCUGAAAAGGAAUUUAUGCAGCAAACACCAAACUGGAUGACAUUGCAAUUGGUCAAAGUAAAACGUAUUGAAAAAAACUGGGAACUCUGUGAAGAAUAUGCUUUCACAACUGAUGAUGAAACAUUAAAUCAACAAUAAGAGAAAAGAUGACAGUGAUGAUGAGGAUUCACCUGUCAAGAAAAAGAAAUUUCUGGCGCCGACACUACCACGGCUUAAUUCCACGAUUAACGAUUUUUCGGAUGAGUCACUAUUACAAAAAAUGUUUCAGUGUGAGAAGCACCACAAAUACGGAUUCAGUAUCCACUAAUUUUAAUCGCUCCAUCGACAACAUGGUGGCUGUAGCAAAUUCGUCAGGCGGUAGCAGUGAUUCUUCUAUUUCAUUCAAAAAGAAUGUGACAACUACUGGAUAUCCAUUAUCCAUUGAAAGACUUCAAAGAAAGGUUAUCCAGGGGAUAGCUGAUAUUCUUGAAGCAGUUGAGCGAUGUGGAAACAUGAUGGAAAACAAUAACACAAAUAAUUUUAAAACGCCUAAAAUGGAUGAUAUCAAGUCUUAAUAAUUUAUGAGGAUUUUAAAGUAACGUAUUAAUUUAUUUUGUUUUAUAUUGUGUAUCUAAUUUAGGUUUUGAAACAUAACAUUUGUUUUAAAAAAAUUAUAUUUAUGUGUAUUGAAAAUUUUUUGUAUAUUUUGUUGUGUAUUUUCUGUAAAUAUUUUACCCAGUUUUUGAAACAGAAAUAAAGUCAUUUAUUUAUUUA